AUGGGCAGAUCAGAAAGUCAGAUGGAUAUAACUGAUAUCAGCACUCCAAGGCCAAAGAAACAACGAUGGACCCCACUGGAGAUCAGUCUCUCCGUCCUUGUCCUGCUCCUUACCAUCAUCGCUGUGACGAUGAUCGCACUCUAUGCAACCUAUGAUGAUGGUAUUUGUAAGUCGUCAGACUGCAUAAAAUCAGCCGCUCGACUGAUCCAGAACAUGGAUGCUACUGCUGAGCCUUGUACAGACUUUUUUAAAUAUGCCUGUGGAGGCUGGUUGAAACGCAACGUCAUUCCUGAGACCAGCUCCCGUUACAGUAACUUUGACAUUUUAAGAGAUGAACUAGAAGUCAUUUUGAAAGAUGUUCUUCAAGAACCCAAAACUGAAGAUAUAGUAGCAGUGCAGAAAGCAAAAACAUUGUACAGAUCUUGUAUAAAUGAAUCUGCCAUUGAUAGCAGAGGCGGAAAACCUCUACUCAGUCUGUUACCAAAUAUAUAUGAUUGGCCAGUAGCAACAGAAAACUGGGAGCGAACAUAUGGUACUUCUUGGACGGCUGAGAAAUCUAUUGCACGACUGAAUUCUAAAUAUGGGAAAAAGGUCAUUCUUAAUUUUUUUGUUGGCACUGAUGAUAAGAACUCUGUGAACCAUAUAAUUCAUAUUGACCAGCCUCGACUUGGCCUCCCUUCCAGAGACUAUUAUGAAUGCACUGGAGUAUAUGAAGAGGCUUGUACAGCAUAUGUGGAUUUUAUGAUUUCUGUGGCCAGGUUGAUUCGUAAGGAGAGAGGACUGCCCAUCGAUGAAAACCAACUUUCUUUGGAAAUGAAGAGAGUUAUGGAAUUGGAAAAAGAAAUUGCCAAUGCUACAACUAAACCUGAAGAUCGAAAUGACCCCAUGCUUCUUUACAACAAAAUGACAUUAGCCCAGAUCCAAAAUAACUUUUCACUAGAGAUCGAUGGGAAGCCAUUCAGCUGGUCAAAUUUCACAAAUGAAAUCAUGUCAACUGUGAAUAUUAGUAUUCCAAAUGAGGAAGAUGUGGUUGUUUAUGCUCCAGAAUAUUUAACCAAACUUAAGCUCACUCUUACCAAAUAUUCUGCCAGAGAUCUUCAAAAUUUAAUGUCCUGGCGGUUCAUAAUGGAUCUUGUAAGCAGCCUCAGCCGAACCUACAAGGAGUCCAGAAAUGCUUUCCGCAAGGCCCUUUAUGGCACAACAUCAGAAACAGCAACAUGGAGACGUUGUGCAAACUAUGUCAAUGGAAAUAUGGAAAAUGCUGUGGGAAGGCUGUACGUGGAAGCAGCAUUUGCUGGAGAGAGUAAACAUGUGGUUGAGGAUUUGAUUACUCAAAUCCGUGAGGUGUUUAUUCAGACUUUAGAUGACCUCACUUGGAUGGAUGCUGAAACGAAAAAGAAAGCUGAGGAAAAGGCCUUAGCCAUUAAAGAAAGAAUUGGCUAUCCUGAUGACAUUAUUUCAAAUGAUAAUAAACUGAAUAAUGAAUACCUCGAGUUGAACUACAAGGAAGAUGAAUACUUUGAGAACAUAAUUCAAAACUUGAAGUUCAGCCAAAAUAAACAGCUAAAGAAGCUCCGAGAAAAGGUGGACAAGGAUGAGUGGAUAAGCGGAGCAGCUGUAGUCAAUGCAUUUUAUUCUUCAGGCAGAAAUCAGAUAGUCUUCCCAGCUGGCAUUCUGCAGCCCCCCUUCUUCAGUGCCCAGCAGUCUAACUCAUUGAACUACGGGGGUAUCGGCAUGGUCAUAGGACAUGAAAUCACCCAUGGCUUCGAUGACAAUGGCAGAAAUUUCAACAAGGAUGGAGACCUUGUUGACUGGUGGACUCAACAGUCGGCAAAUAAUUUUAAAGACCAAUCCCAAUGCAUGGUGUACCAGUAUGGAAACUUCUCCUGGGACCUAGCAGGUGGACAGCAUCUCAAUGGAAUUAAUACACUGGGCGAAAAUAUUGCUGAUAAUGGAGGUAUUGGCCAAGCAUACAGAGCCUAUCAAAAUUAUGUUAAAAAGAAUGGUGAAGAAAAAUUACUUCCUGGACUUGACCUAAAUCACAAACAACUAUUCUUCUUGAACUUUGCCCAGGUGUGGUGUGGCACGUACAGGCCAGAGUAUGCUGUCAAUUCCAUUAAAACAGAUGUUCACAGUCCAGGGAAUUUCAGGAUUAUUGGGACUUUGCAGAACUCCCCUGAGUUUUCAGAGGCCUUUUACUGCCGCAAGAAUUCAUACAUGAAUCCAGAAAAGAAAUGCCAAGUGUGGUGAUCUUCGGAGAAAGCGAUGUGGCCCUUGGCUAGACUUGCCAACACCACAGAAAUGGGGAACUCUGUCCACAGAAGUCAUUGUAAUUACUAGGAUGACAGAGCAUCAUAUUAGAAAUGAAGUUAGGUUAUUCUGGAAAAGGUGUGGAGAGAGGAGGGGGUCUCUGGUGUCUAUCAAAUCAAUCACUUCUCACUGUGUAAAUAAUGCUUGAUCUCUAAAGAUAUUACCAUUCAUUUCUGUUCCUCAUAUGAUCUGCCAGUUGAUGUCGUCUCUUGAAAACAAUGUUAACCCCUUGAUGUAGACUGGGAUUGCUAAUCAAAGGGAAAUUAAAGAGAUUGAAGCAUACAGUUGGCUCCAAAAGCACAGCAGUGGCAUGAGGGUUAAAAACACAUUGCCUAACUACUUAUUUUUACUUUUAUUUGUAACAUUUUCACUCCUACAGAACUCUUCCAAAGAAUUCUUAUACAUACUGGGGCCUUGGGACUUCAUGUAAUUUUAAACCGAUUUUGCCAAUCAUCAGUUUAUUCAUUCUGAGAUCAUUUUAUUUUAAGCUACUCUUAGGGCUAAAAUGAAUGUCUGAAACUGUUUUUCAUUGUACCUGCUUUCACCAAUACUGAAAUUCUUGAGGGUCCCUGCAAUUUUCUAACCAAUUUCUUGUUCUCUCUCUCUCUCAAAACUUGAUCUUUUUAAGAGAUUUGUAGUAAUGUAUAAAUAAUAAUUUUUAUAUUUAAUUAUUAACUACAUUUAUGGCUAAGUAAUUAUUAUUAUAGGUAAUCAUUGAAUAUUGACAUUUCCGACAGAGAUAAAUAGUUACGGACCAAGAUCUGUAAAGUGAUGUACAGAUGAAGAUUUGAGACUUUUUAAGCUUAUCAAUCAUAUUGAUAAAAAGCUUGAAGCACAAACUCUGGGUU